GUGUCCUGUCAGUAUCAAACGUUGGUUGAGUUCAGCUUGGUUCAGAAGCAACCUUCAAGUUUUAAACACACAAACCACCCCCCCAAAACACCACAAACUAUAAACAUGAAGUGCAUCAUUGUUGCAGUCAUUGUCGCUCUGGCCGUCGCCGCCGAAGGAUACGGGGUCUCGUCGUACGCCGUUCCGCUGGCCUACUCUGUCCCGCAGACCACGGUCGUUCAGCAGAACGUUGCCCCGAAGUACGUCGUGUCGGGAUACGCCGCUCCGUAUGUGGCCUCCCCGUACGUGGCCGCCGCCCAUAGCUAUGCCGUGCCAGCGGCUGUGUCCUAUGCCAGCACCGCUGUCCAUGCCGUCCCAGCGGUGACGUAUGCUGCCCCGCACGCCACCGUGUACGCUGCUCCGGUCCAGCAGGAGGCUCGCUAUGUCGCUGCCAACCGUGGCGCCGUCCAUGAGGCUCCCCUGGCCGGACAUGCCGUCAACCAGCAGUCGCUGAACCUGGCCCCCGCCCCUGGUACUCUGUAAAUUGGGUUGUUUCGAACAAAGCUGUAGCCCUGUCUGUUUCUACCUCAAUAAAUGAGUUUUAAAUAUUAAA